UGCCCACAGGUCCUCUUAUGGCCAACCAGCAUUUCCAGAAUCAGCACCAACCUACCUGCAAUAAUUCACUAUAAAAGGAAACUGUGUUAGUUCUGUAGUCAGCGACUAAAGUACUCGCUUGUUAUCAUGAACAUGAAGAAGACUCUACUGGCUGCUGUGGUAUACACAGCCUUUCUGUUUGCCAGUGCUCAAUCCACGGUCAACGAUGACACUAGAAAUAUACCCUCCAGCGUUGCAUUGGAAAAAAGAGGAAUUACAGCCCAGAAACCUCCAAUGGUUGAGCUGCUGAGGGGCAGGGAUGGGCGAGACGGUCGUGAUGGAGGCCCUGGACCUCGAGGACUGCCCGGGAAAGAUGGUGUCAACGGAAAGACAGGGGAACAGGGAGUACGUGGAUCUCCUGGGCCUCCUGGGCCAAGAGGUGGGGGAGCCACCUACGUCAGGUGGGGUCGCACCACCUGCCCUGAUGUACCUGGGACUGAACUGGUUUACAAAGGAAGAGUUGCUGGAAGUCACUACACACACAGUGGUGGAGGCAGCAACUAUCAGUGUAUCACAAUGGAGCCAGCAAACUUUGAUUUUGGUCCGGGUACUGUGGAUGCAUCUUUGCUCUAUGGCACUGAAUAUGAAAUGUGGGGAAAUAUUCCAAAGUCAAACCUCAAGCUACAUGACCAUGAUGUUCCCUGUGUUGUAUGUUAUGUUACUACUCGCACAGCACUCCUGAUGAUACCUGGAAAGUAUACCUGCCCUAAAAACUGGACUCGCGAGUACUAUGGCUACCUCAUGGCUGCACACUACAAGCACCACAGAUCAACAUUUGAGUGUGUGGAUGCAUCGCCUGAAGUUGUAGUUGGUGGGCAUGGAAAUCACAACGGAGCUCUUUUCUAUCAUGUGGAGCCUCGCUGUGGCAGUCUCCCCUGCCCUCCCUAUGACCAGCAGAAAGAGAUGACAUGCGCAGUCUGCAGUCGUUGAACAUCAAGAAAAGUUGAAGCACUGAACUGUAGAACAUUAGAGAUAGCUUGUCAUACCAUCAGUAUGAGACACUUAGUAAAGUUUUGUCCUUGUAGCUUAUGAUUAUCAUAUUUUUUCAGUAGAAACCAACGUUUAUAAAACCCA